CGACAGCAGAUGUGAUACACAAGCCUCUUCGAACAGGGACAGCAUAUGUAUCACCAUGUCUCAACUUGCCCUCAGGCUCCGGGUUCUUUUUGCCUCCUACUCUCCACCCCUUCUCUACGCUGUAUUAUUUGGAUGACGCGCGAGAGCAAAGUUGCCCCAGGGACGACAACACGCGCUCCACUCCACUCCACUACUGCCAAAUCAAUUCCAAUCAACGGGAAAUGGUUCUCCUCCAGGCUAGGGGGAACACCGAUGAUCCGCCAGCGAAAACCAUUGGCAUUGGGCUUGCCAUCCAUCGACCUGUAUUUAUAGUAUCAGGUGUACUACUAUACUCUACUGUACUGUACUGUAUUGUAUUGUAUUCCACAUUCUGCAUCAAGGGAAAAACGGGAGUCUGAACGUUCGUAAGGCUGCGCAUGAGGUUAAUCAGGCAAGAAUGCAUUCAGCAUAUCCCGAAGAUUCCCCGUAAAGCGAACGACGCUCACAAAGAACUUUGGUGAUUUCGCCACAGGUAAGGGGACACCAGAGGCUAAGUUAAUAAUAAGAGAAGAAAAGAAGCCCCGGAAAGAAGACAGAAAGAGUUUCUGCAUCAUGUCACUUAACAUCUAAAAAUGGAGAUCGAAAAAACUGGCUGAGGCUCAGCAGCAGUACUGGCGAAGAGUUUGGGUUAUACUUGUAGGUCUGUCCCUCGUAGUUCCUCGAUAGUUGCACGCACUGACUGAUACAUUUAAUAUUCAUCGACAUCUUGUGCUGAAGUUGGAAUCAUGAUAGUGAGGGAGGGGCCUCCAGCACAUUUUGUCUAAAACAAAAGACCAAAAAAAAAAAUGGGAGCAAGAUCCACCUCCAUCUUUGACCUUUUGAGAGCCUUCCAAAGUUCUUCCUAAAAACAGAAGAUUGGCAUGUCAGCAGCACGCAACCCGGAGGAGGGAAAUAAUAGAAUCGCUAUUCAUGGAUCUUGGGGGCCAUGACUCGAGCAUCAUUGAUUUUCUUUCACUGCAACCCACAUGCACAGCCUUUUUCAUGAUAUCCUGGCCCAUACCAGAACUGCCAAAUGAGGCGGGCGAUUUUCUGAAAGAAUGCUAGUGCUGCGGGGUGAUAUUUCAGAGCAAGCAUCGAGGGCCCAGCCGAAAGGUCUCAGUUGGAGUCCCCACCAAGAAGGUGGCAAGAAAACCAUGUCCAUCGUGUGUACGGACCGAAAUAUCAUCAUCGACACAUCACCCCUCUCCCAUGUAUGUAUGUCUUACCCCAUGUCCAUGGAGCAGGUUAGUAGUAGGUUGCCAACGGUCCGAGUAUGUUCAGAAUCAGCUGAAAUAUGUACUCGCAACCGUAAUGUAGAGUUUUGCUCAUGGGGGUUUCCUUUUCUCCUUCAAGCUUCAGCUCCCUUCUAGCGUCAGCUGACAGGUGGGAAAAUUUAUAUAUAAUAAUUUGCUCGAACAAGGGAAGAGUGGGAUCAUACCAUACCGUUGUGUUUUUUUUUUUUUUUUUUUUUUUUUUUUAAGCUCUUUCUGUCAUGCUCUAGACUGAGCCUAAAAUAGAUUUGGGUCUGGCACUUGUUUUGGAUCACGAAGGACGUGAGUUUGGGCGAGACGAGACAAGACAGGAAGCGCUGCGGCAUGGCAUGGCAUUGGCAUGGCACGCAUUGCACUUGGGCUUCUUAGCCCUGUCAGUACCGUAGUUAGUUACCGCGGAGAGGAAAAUCUUGCACGGGCGGAUCCCAGCCGCCUUCCAAGUUUCCAAGUUCCAAUUUCCAAGUUCCAAGUUCCAACUCGCCUGUUGGCUCAGCGGAAGGGAUCUUAUAAUAAUAAUAAUAAUAAUAAUACGGAGUAAUCAUAAUAAUAAUAGUAAUAAUAGAAUAGUCGCCGUAGUAAUCCGUAGCCUGGGAAUAUUUGCUCCCGGUCAUAUAUGUAAAAAACGGUCACCGUAUUUCAUGAUACGGUGGUAUGGUGGUACAGUAAGAAACUAAAUCAAAGAAAUAUUAAGAAUAGAAUACAGAUUACACAUUCAAGAGUUUACAUGUUUCCCCUUUGGGCGGCUGCCAGUGGACUCGCUCGCUGUCUUUGCUGCAACCUCAACCUCGUUCACUCGUUCACUCGCUCGCUUGGACAUCAUCAUCAUCUUCUUCUUCUUCUUCGCCUCUCACCACUGUUUUGAAGCCAACUCAACUCCAACUCUCGUCCUGCUUGAGAUACUACCCUCUGUGCCACUCGCUCGUUUGUUUGCUCCUCCCCUUUCGUGUUUCUUGCCUUGGCUUCUCUCCGCGUUUGGGAAAGGUCAUCGUUCGUUUUUUUUGACGCUGAGGAGGAGAAAUCUCUCACUUGACUGUCGACGUUGGUAUUUCAUUUAUCCGUCACGAAACUGAAGGGUGCAAAAUUAUCGUUCUUGGUUUAUUGGCUAUUUUGUGUGUUGGUUGCAUUUCGUUGCUUCUCGACGGACAUUCUUGUCCCCUUUCGUUAUUAUUCCCAAUGUCCGAGUACGGUGCCAAUCGUUAAAAAGAGAUAUCGCGCCCUUUCGACUUGAUAGCAGAGAGUAGUCACCUACAGUCAUUAUCGCUUGAUUGAACCCUUUACCAUCAGCCUAAGUGGCCUUGGUGCCCCAAUAGCAGCUGACCUUGACCAUGGCCCUCCACUCAUUGACGGGGACGGGAUCCAUUCCCGCUCAUGCACAGUCCUCCUUACCUUCGCUUCCUUCGCAUCUUCAAUCGGACACACACCUCACGGCUCAUCUGGCCAGCAGAUUUCAUGUGUCUCUACCAACAGCCCGGUUAUCCUCUCAAGGAUUGAUAUGCCUGAACACCUACACAUCUUCCACCCAGGGCCCCGAUGGACAAAAGGAAGGAAGCGCAAUGGGGGAAGCAGACGACCUGGCUAGGCGUGCUUGGGCUCGUUUGGGAGGAAGAGGAGAAAACCAGGCCAUCAUUUUCCUGGGUGAAACUGGCUCCGGGAAGACAACCGUUCGCUCCCAUCUUCUUUCUUCUUUCCUUGCACUAUCAUCCACCCCUCUUUCAGCUAAGCUCUCCCUUGCGGCCUUCGUUUUCGACACUUUGACAACCACCAAAUCGGUUACUACCCCGACUGCGUCAAAAGCAGGUUUGUUUUUCGAGCUUCAGUAUGAUGGCUCGUCAACUGUCAAUCCAACUUUGAUUGGCGGCAAACUUUUAGAUCACCGGCUGGAAAGAAGCCGUAUUGCAUCCGUUCCUACAGGUGAACGAAGUUUCCAUGUACUAUAUUACCUCCUUGCGGGAACCAGCCCGGCUGAGAAGACCCAUCUGGGUUUGGACAGUGCAAUCGAUAUCCGCACUGGUGGAGGCUCUGGCAACCGUUCGUCCGGUACAGUCUCACAUAAGAGGUGGCGGUAUCUUGGCCAUCCGACACAACUGAAAGUUGGGAUUAAUGAUACGGAGGGCUUCCAGCAAUUCAAAAACGCUCUACGCAAAUUGGAGUUCCCCCGGAGUGAAAUCGCCGAGAUCUGCCAGAUUCUUGCGUGUAUCUUGCAUAUCGGACAGCUGGAAUUUACUACUGGUCAAUCAACUACAACAGGCCCGGAGGAGAGCGGCGGAUAUUCGCAUGAAGGUGGUGAAACUGUUACGAUUGUCAAAAACAAGGAUGUUUUGGCAAUUAUUGCUGCAUUCCUCGGAUUGAGCGUGGAUGAUCUCGAGGCUAGCCUUGGGUACAAAACGAAAACUAUUCAUCGGGAACGUGUGACUGUCAUGCUCGACCCUAAAGGAGCGCGGAAUAAUGCUGAUGAGCUCGCCCGGACCCUUUACUCUCUGCUGGUUGCAUAUGUAAUCGAAAACAUCAACCAGCGUGUAUGUGCUGCUGAGGACGCGGUAGCCAACACGAUUUCUAUUAUUGACUUCCCCGGCUUUUCCCAAGCGUCCUCAACAGGCUCAGCAUUGGACCAGCUCCUGAACAAUGCUGCUACCGAGUCGCUUUAUAAUUACUGUUUGCGAAGCUUUUUUGAAUACAGGGCAGACAUGCUCGAAAUCGACGAAGUUAGCGUCCCUCCAACUAGCUACUUCGAUAACUCGGAUGCUGUCAAAGGCCUGCUCAAGCAAGGUAAUGGGCUUUUAGCUAUCCUAGACGACCAGACGAGGCGCGGACGAUCUGAUAUGCAGUUACUCGAAAGCUUGAGAAAACGAUUUGCGGACAAAAAUCCGGCUAUAUCUGUCGGGAGCGCCACAGCUACGCUUCCCGGCAGCAACUUCGCUUCAAAAAAUCAGGCCGCUAAUUUUACAGUUAGACAUUUCGCAGGGGAAGUCGAUUAUCCUGUCCAGGGGUUGGUUGAGGAAAACGGCGACUUGGUUUCUGGCGACUUAAUGAACCUUAUCACUUCCUCCAGGAGCGCUUUUGUGCGAGAUCUCUUCGGCCAAGAAGCACUCCAAACAAUCCGCCACCCUAAGGAAAAGUCGGCUAUUGUGCAAGCCCAGGUUAGCUCGAAGCCUCUUAGAAUGCCCAGUAUGGCAAGACGCAAAAUGGAUAGACCUGUCCGACCUACUGCUCGUGCAGCUCAGGCGGAUAAUGAUGAUGUCGAUAUUGCGGGCAGCACGAGUUCCGCGUCUGGAUCCAAAAAGCGUAAGCAGGGAGCUCUUGCAAAUGGUCCUAGCCAGGGUGCUGCUGCUCAAUUCCUUGUAUCAUUGGACAACAUAAAUAAGUCCCUGGCUGCAGGCAGUGUGAAUCCCUACUUCGUGUUCUGCCUGAAACCCAACGAUCGUCGAAUCGCGAAUCAAUUCGAUAGUAAAUGCGUGCGAGCACAAGUACAAACCUUUGGGAUUGCCGAGAUCAGUCAGCGGCUUCGAAAUGCAGAUUUUACCGUGUUCCUUCCCUUCAGUGAAUUCCUUGGCCUGUCAGAUGCAGAAUCGAUCAUAGUUGGCAGCGAGCAAGAAAAGUGCCAAUUGGUGGUUGACGAAAGAAGAUGGCCAAAAAACGAAGCACGAGUUGGAAGUACUGGAGUCUUUCUAAGCGAAAGAUGCUGGGCGGAGGUUGCGAGGGUUGGUGAACGAGUUGUCCCCAGCUAUAGCGCAGGUGGCACCGAUGACGGCAGAGAUGGGCUACUGGGGGUUGGCACCAAAGGCCCAUACGGAGACUCGAAGGUUCGGCUUCUAAAUUCGCCCGACAUAUCUCCGUCGCCUGGCGCAUAUAUAUACGGAGAUGAUACCAAGCAGGGAUUCUUUGGGGGUCAGGAGAUAGACGGCCGUUCUGACGCGGGUGCAUCGGCCUUCAAUUCUGGUGACAUGUUCAAAAAUUUGGAGACGCGCGAGCAGAUGGCCGAGAAAGGCAAUGAGAAGAAAAUGGAAGAAGUUGAUGACGUUGUGAUUUCUGGUAGCCGUAAACGGUGGUUGGCUCUCGUUUAUAUGCUCACCUUCUACAUUCCUGAUUUUGCUAUCAAGUUCUUCGGACGAAUGAAGCGCAAGGACGUGCGAAUUGCCUGGCGAGAGAAGUUCGCGAUUAACCUCCUCAUUUGGCUUAGUUGUGCUUUGGCUGUCUUCUUCAUCAUCGGCUUCCCCCAGUUAAUUUGCCCGAAACAAAAUGUCUUUUCGCCCGAUGAACUCUCCUCCCACGACGGAAAAAAUACCGAUGCUUAUAUAGCCAUUCGGGGAGAGGUAUUCGAUCUGGGCGCUUACAUACCUUCACACUAUCCGAAAAUCGUUCCUCGAAGUGCGUUGGAAAAGUAUGCCGGCCUCGAUGCUACGAAACUGUUCCCCGUGCAAGUUAGCGCUCUUUGUGAUGGCGUUGAUGGCAGCGUCGACCCAUCUGUCCCCUUGGACUUCAGGUCUGUCAAUAGAACGGGCUCUGUCAGAGUUUCGCGAGACGAUGAUCCAAACGCUAAAUACCACGACUUCAGAGCCUUCACCGAAGAUUCUAGGCCGGAUUGGUAUUGGAAUCAAAUGAGGAUGUUGAGAGCAAACUACAGGAAGGGAUACGUUGGUUUCUCUCCGCAGUAUCUGAAGACACUUGUGGAUCAGGAUCAGUCAAUCGCCGUCCUAGAUGGCUAUGUGUAUGACUUGUCAAAUUAUGUCAUAGGCGGCCGUAGCCCACGCGCACCUCCUGGUCAAGAUCCCCCGAAAGAUGUCAAUGUCAAUUUUAUGGAUCCCCUCGUUGUGGAUUUAUUUCAACAAAGACCUGGGCAGGAUAUCUCGGAAUUAUUUAGGCGUCUUCCUCUUGGAAAUCGAGAACGCGCCAUGAGAACCUGCUUAACCAAUUUGUUUCAAGUUGGGAAGUUGGAUACUAGAAAUUCUGUCCAGUGUCAAUUUGCGCAGUACUUCAUUCUCGCGAUAUCACUGCUCUUAGUCACCAUCAUCGCCUUCAAAUUCUUCGCCGCGUUGCAAUUUGGAAAGAAAACUCUACCGGAAAAUCUCGAUAAAUUCAUUAUCUGUCAAGUGCCAGCGUAUACUGAAGAUGAAGAGUCUCUGCGUCGAGCCAUCGACUCAAUGGCUCGGAUGAAAUAUGAUGACAAACGCAAACUACUUGUUGUCAUUUGCGAUGGCAUGAUUAUCGGUCAAGGAAAUGAUCGGCCGACGCCCCGGAUCGUCCUAGACAUUCUGGGCGUUCCGGAGACUGUGGACCCUGAACCGCUAAGCUUCGAAAGUUUGGGAGAAGGAAUGAAACAGCACAACAUGGGCAAAGUUUACUCCGGGUUAUAUGAGGUUCAAGGCCAUAUCGUACCGUUCUUGGUUGUCGUUAAAGUUGGCAAGCCUUCGGAAGUAUCUCGCCCCGGAAAUCGUGGCAAGAGAGAUUCGCAAUUGCUCCUAAUGCGUUUCUUAAACCGUGUCCAUUACAACCAUCCCAUGAGCCCCCUCGAGCUUGAAAUACAUCACCAAAUUCGCAACAUCAUUGGUGUCAACCCCACGUUCUACGAGUUCAUAUUCCAAGUUGACGCAGAUACCAUGGUCGCUCCAGACGCUGCCACUCGAAUGGUUGCUUCAUUCAUGCAGGAUACGCGCAUCAUCGGGCUUUGUGGAGAAACAGGACUCAACAAUGCCAAAUCCUCCAUAAUAACCAUGAUCCAGGUUUAUGAAUACUAUAUCUCUCAUAAUUUGACAAAAGCCUUCGAAAGUCUAUUCGGGUCAGUGACGUGUUUGCCUGGCUGCUUUACAAUGUAUCGUAUUCGAGCCGCCGACACAGGAAAACCUCUUUUCGUUAGUCGAGAAGUGGUAGAUGCCUACUCUGAGAUCCGCGUUGACACCCUUCACAUGAAGAAUCUCCUCCAUUUGGGUGAGGAUCGUUAUCUUACCACGCUUCUUCUGAAGCACCACCCGAAAUACAAGACCAAGUUCCUCUUCAAUGCUCAUGCCUGGACUAUCGCACCCGAUAGCUGGGCUGUGUUCAUGUCCCAGCGCCGGAGAUGGAUUAACUCAACUGUUCACAAUCUUAUUGAACUCAUUCCUCUACAACAACUUUGUGGAUUCUGCUGUUUCAGCAUGAGGUUCGUCGUUUUUGUCGAUCUUUUGAGUACGAUUAUCCAGCCCGUGACAGUUGCAUAUGUCAUUUAUCUCAUCGUCCUUAUUGCCAUCAACCCAACACUCAUCCCGAUUACGGCAUUUAUCUUGCUUGGUGCUAUCUACGGUCUACAGGCUAUUAUAUUCAUCCUCCGGCGCAAAUGGGAAAUGGUUGGCUGGAUGAUCAUUUAUAUCCUCGCCAUGCCUGUUUUCUCCCUUGGUCUUCCGCUUUAUUCUUUCUGGCAUAUGGAUGACUUCACCUGGGGUAACACCCGUAUCGUCACGGGAGAGAAAGGCCGUAAAGUUGUUAUUUCAGACGAGGGCAAGUUUGACCCUUCAUCCAUACCUAAGAAAAAGUGGGAAGAGUACCAAUCCGAGCUUUGGGAAGCGCAAACCCAUCAAGACGAUCGUUCAGAGGUUUCUGGAUUCUCAUAUGGCACUCGAUCCUACCACCCACCUGCGUCUGAAUAUGGGUUUGCCCCCUCCCGACCUCUUUCUCAAAUGGAACUUAAUCGCCUCGCCGGGUCUCGCAUGUCCGUCGCUCCUUCGGAGAUGUUGGGCCGCGGCCCUGAGAUGGAGAUGGUGGACCUCGCGGGACUUCCGAGUGACGAUUCGCUGCUUGCGGAAAUCCGCGAUAUCCUUCGUACCGCGGAUUUGAUGACUGUUACGAAGAAGAGUGUCAAGUUGGAACUUGAACACAGGUUCAAUGUCAAUCUCGACGCCAAACGGCAGUAUAUCAACUCUGCCACCGAAGCCGUCCUUUCUGGGAACCUUUAAAACAAAAAAUAUAAACCAUCUCUAAUCUAUCAUUUACCCGGAGUUUUCUAAUGUAUUCUUCUUCUAUAUAUUGUGCAAUCUUUAUUUACAUUUGCCUCGUCCUUUCUAUUCUCUGUUCAGUGCACGUGAGGGCAUUUCGUGGUUGAUAAAUUAUUUUUGGUUUCUCUUCUAAGCGUUUGGACUUUCAUUUUGCUUCUUUUCUUCUAAUUAAUAAAACAAAGCACUAAGGAAAGUUUGGCUUUAUCAAGCUUAUCAUUUUUAAUCUUUAUGGAAAUUUCUCUCUCUCCCUUGGUUUUUGUAGGACUUUUUAUUUUCCUUUUGAAUCAGUGCAUAUAUGUGUGGCCUAUCUAUCUUGACUCAUUCCCCCUUAAUUCUUUGCCUGCUGUUUUUCAGUCCUAUUGAAAUGAUUUGAACAUGGCAACUUCUUGUUCUUCUAUAUCUUUGUUUUAAUAAGUUAUUUAUAAAUAGCUUGAUCUCUCAUGUUGCUUCUUUUGUUCUAAAUUGUUGAUUUUCUGUUUCUUCAAUUCUUUCUUUGGUUUUUAUAGCUGUGUCAUAGUACUUACUGUAGGUUUAUGUAUGCUGUAUUUUUGCAGAA